UCUGGUCCCAGUACAACAUUGGAAAGUACAGUGGGAAAAGAUAAAUUGUGUCUUCUAGUUAAGAGCUAUAGGUGCCUUUAUGAUCCGAACGAUCCUUCUUUCAACAGUAAUAGAGAGAAGAUGAACGCUUGGGAGAGUAUCGCUAAUGAUCUGGGAAAGUCAGCAAUCCAAAUAUCCAACCUUACUAUUUGGCUGAGCAUCUAACAUUUCUAGAACCAUUCGUAAGAAGAGAAGCUACAAAAGGAGAAGUACUAGUCAAGAAAAAUAUCCAAUCAUGGCGCAAGCGCAAGCACUUAACCAAUACCACUGCGAUUACAAAUACGAAUGUAAAGACUAAGGGCUCAAUCAAGGACUACUUCAUUAUACCGCCAAUGCGCUCAUGUUUAGGGAAUACUGAAAUAGUAAACAACAAUAAAGAGUUAGACAACACUCCAUCGACGUUAGCAGCAGCAACAGUAACUCGUUCAGAAGCAAAAGAGCCACGAGCAGCAACAACAUUAGAAGCAGCAGCCAAAGCAACAACAGAGGCAACUAAGCUCCAAUUUAUAGUCAACCAUGAAAAUGUUAACAACCAUGAGCAGGACAAUUUUACGCCGAUUUCAGACGAAGAAUGGGCAGCAGCAGUUAGAGCAAUGGAAACAAUGCAAACAAUAACAGAUUCACGAUCAGCAACAACAGCAAAAGACGCACCAGCAACAAAAGACAAAUACCAGGAUAAUGAAAAUAAAAUUCAGUCUGAUGAUAAACGAUUUUUGGAAAACAUAUCGGAAGCAAUGCAAAAAAUGAAUGAUCGUUCGAAAAGUAAUUUCAAAGUUCAGGUUUAUGGUAUCUUGGAUAAAUAUCAAAAUAUAUGCACUUAGCAACGUAAAUGUCCGGUAAACAUUUGCUAAAGGGGGAUGCGCAAGUUUUUUAUUCACUAGUAUAUCGAUAAUCUUAUCUUAUAAAAUAAAUGAUUAAAUAAA